AUUUAGAAAACUGCUCUACCUAACUAAAAUCAAAUAAACUAUGAAAUUAGCCAAAAAUAAAAGAAAAUUUAACUAUAGUACUCAAAUACUAGUGAAGGUGCAAUGAAUAAUGUAUGCACACACAUUAAUGAUGGGAGAGUACAUUUUACCCAACUGGAAAGCAAUUUGGCUCAUUUAUCAGAAACCUUAAAAUAUCUAUAUUCUUUGACCUAAAAUUCCAUUCCUGGGAAGAUGUUCUUAGGAAAGUCAUCAACAUGGAAAGUUUUAUGCACUAAAAUGUCAAUCACAUGCUUAUUUACAACGGUGAAAUUAGGUAAACAGUACAUAUUAAAGGAAUUGUUUAAUAAUUUAUGGUACAGCCACUUGAUGGAAACUUACGUAAUCAGUGUAUGUUCUCAAAGCGCAUGCAAUAACACAAACACCAUUUAUGGUGUAAUGCGAAGUGGAAAAGGGUACAACAUUGUAUGGACUGUUUGUAUAACACUUUUAUAGAAAAAGGCUAGAAAGGAAAAAAACGUUUUAAUAUGAACCAUGUUGAAGUUCUAUGAUUAUGAGAGAUUUUUUUCGUCGCCCUAGAUUUCUAUUUAAAUUUUAUUUUAUUUUUUUAUGAACAAAGUCAACUCUUCUUUAGCCGAGCGGAGGCGCGUCCUUCUCUUGCGAUGUGCCUGGGGGCUUGAGGACUGCGCAGAGCGGAGAGGCUCAGACACCCUACCGCAGAUCGAUUCUGCCCUCCUUUGCGACGUCCCCUCUGCAGCCCCCCUUUCUCCGCCCCCACCUCUCCGAACCGGACCGCCAGCAGCGCCCACUUCUACCCUCCCCACGCUGGGGUCCCGACAACUGCGGGUGCGCGGGGGAGGAGCAGGGCGGGCCCAAGCGUUGCUGACACGUGGGGAGGGAGGAAGCUUCGGCGAAGGAGGGGUUGGGCGUGUGAGUGGGUGUGUCUGCGAGUGGGAGAAACCAACCCAGGCUGCCUAAGAGUCUUCAUUUUUUUUGUGCUGCUCAUCCGGUCUGGGAACACAAAGAUCUCCACACUCUCGGGAUCCCUUCAUAGGCGGACACCGAGCGUAGACACAAGAAGGCUCUGACCACGGCCCUGCACUGCCGCAGACGGCCCGCGCCGCGCCGCUUCCUCGCACUUCUCCCCCGCCCCCUCAGGGUGGUAGGGCCCAGCGGCUACGUCACUCAUUGUUUACAAAUCAACCAGAGCCGGUAAGAUUCCGGCUCCCGCGGCUGCAGCGCGCGUUGCGAGUGCUUACCGGUCUCUGGCUCUUGCGUCCGCCCCGGCCCCGGCCCUUGCUCCGGCUUUGGUCUCGGCCUCAGCGCCGCCCCCAGCUCCUCUGUGGCCCAUAGAGCCUCCAGGGACGCCAGGAGAGCUCCAGGUGCCCGGACGGGGGGCCAUGCCUUGCCGGAGAGCGGAGGAAGAGGAAGCGGAGGGGGAGGAAGAGGACAGCUUUCUCCUGCUGGAGCAGUCGGUGACGCUGGGCGGCUCCGGCGAGGUGGACCGGCUGGUGGCCCAGAUCGGCGAGACGCUGCAGCUGGACGCGACGCAGGACAGUCCGGCCUCCCCGUGCGCGCCCCCCGGGCCGCCUCUGCAGCCCCCGCAGCCUCCGGCGGCGGUGCGGACAGACAAGGCCGGGCCUCCCGGGCUGCCGCUGCUUCUGCCGACCGCACCGGCUGAGACGGUGGGCCCGGCGCCCCCGGGGGCCCUGCGCUGCGUCCUCGGGGACCGCGGCCGCGUGCGGGGUCGGUCUGCGCCCUACUUUGUGGCGGAGCUCGCCGCAGGCCCCAGUGCGCUGCCGGGGCCGUGCAGGCGAGGAUGGUUACGGGGCGCCGUCGCCUCCCGCCGCCUGCAGCAGCGACGAUGGCCACCAGCCGGGGCCCGCGCCCACGACGACGACCCGCACCGGCUCCUGCAGCAGCUCGUGCUCUCGGGAAACCUCAUCAAGGAGGCUGUGCGGAGGCUCCAGCGAGCUGUCGCCGCAGUUGCAGCUACAGGCCCCGCGGGCACUUCCGGGACUGGGGGUGGCCGCAGGGGACCGGACCCGGUUGCCCUACAGCACUCUGACGCCUUGCACUGACCCGGGCCUCCUGGAGGAGGAAGAGGAGACCGCUUCGCAAACUCAUCAGCGUCCUGCCCUCACCAACCCUGAGCUGAAGCCGCCCUUCUGGGAGCGACCGACUGGGUGGCGGCGAAGUGUGUGGGGAGACCUCAAGCCGAGAAGUUACCGGCCCGGGCGAGGCUAUAGGAGAAAACUUGAACGUGGAGAAAUGCACGGGCCAGAACGCGCCCGUGCCGCGUGAGAAUUUCCCUGGCCACCUGGAGGCCAAGGACCUGGGAUAAACUGGGAGAACUAUGGCAGCUACUUGCAUGGACUUGUACCUGACUUAACCCUUGGGGGCGUCGUGUGCUUGGAUUGUUUAAAGAUAGGGCUCCAAGGGGCGGGAAUCGUGAGGGCUUUAUAACAACACUUGAAAACUUAAUGACAUGAAUACAUUUUAUUUUCCGGUGGAGGAGCUUAGUGACAAUGGUGCUACAAUUGCUGUGCAAAGAAAUUCCGGAGGGAAAAAUGUAAAAGAUUGGUGUUGGGUGGGUUGGCAUCGCCCACUUUCUCCCACCUAAUCAGCGGCUGGUAGAGGUGGGAGAUGUGAACCACAGUUUAAGGGGUGGGAGGGACGAAGAGAAUUUCAAAGGUGACUAGAGUCGGAGUUAAAUUUGGACUUUUAAAUUACCUGACCUUGCCACCUGUGGUUCAAGGUCACGGUUUGCUGUACCGGAAGGCUGUGGGAGAGCUAACUCACCCCCAUGUCCUUUCUUUCUCUUGCUCCAAGAAGAGCCCAGUCUGUGCUUUCCGAUCUUUUGGAAGCCUCCCCAGGAGACACAGGCGGAGAGGGACAUGUGAGGAGCGUUAUUUGUUUUUUCUGUGCUUUCCUGUUUCCAGAACUCCUCCUCCCAUGAGGCCACUCUUGGCCAUGCCAUGAGCUUUCUCAGAAACAGUCAUAAACAAUCUCUUGAGUCUCUCUCCUGUCCUCCCAGCCUGCCUUUCUUAUUCUACCCUUGCUGGUGUCUGCACCAGAGGAUGAGACCCUGGCUGUUUUUCUGCUCUGUUCUGGCCCUCUGAAUCCGUGGGCCUGAACCUCCGUGGGUCCUCACCCCUCACAAUUUCCUCCUGCCACUGACUCGUCUUUGUGAGUGACUGAAACUGUUUUUAAAAUGUGACUCUCCCGAGAGGAGAAACCGCUGGCUUUACACUUAUGAAACUUGAUGGCGCUUUAAGUAAGGUGCCACCCCCAGACUUUAAGGUAGCUAACCCAUUUUUUAAAAAGAUUCAAUGGCUUGUUCAUUUUCCAGAUGUAGCUAUUGACGUACACUUCGCACCGGAGUGUCUGAAAUUGUGGUGGUCCUGAUUUAUAGGAUUUCUUAAUUAAAAUGUCUGCUGAAUAAAUUUGGUUUUUGUUUUGGAACAUGGUUUGGCUUUUUGGUGGAAGGUAGGGGUAAUAAAAGCUCUUGGGGA